AUGGUUUCGCCAGUCAAGGACAUUGCAGCCAAGUACCUCAAUGCCCUCGAGGACCCCGUGCCAACGAGGCUACCGCUCAAACCCUCCUUGAAGUAUAAUGCUAAUGCCACCUCCCAUUCACCGUUGAAGAAACACAAUUCCCCAGACCUUGAUGACUUGGCUCGGCAAAUGAACAUCGACACACCUUCAAGACCAACACUGCUCAAGUCGAAAUUCGAAACGCCUUCGGCGACAGUGUCUUCUUUUCACACCACUCCUCGUUCGGGCUCACGCUCGUUAAAGUCUCUGACAGACACCGCCAAUAGCGGCAAAACGUCUCCCACGAAGGACUCACUUAAAAAGACGAAGGGUUAUGAGUACCUUUGCAGGAUUCAGGCUAUCAAAAACUGGCUUGAAUUCGUCAUCGGGGAACACAUUUCGCAGUCUCCUGUGGAGCUCAUAAGUUAUAUCCAAAAUGGUAUACAUCUAGCCAAACUAGCAAACGUUUUUCUUCCACUGAAGAAGCAGGUAUACACAAAGGACAAUCGACUUGAGUUUAGACAUACUGAAAACAUCAACCGUUUUUUUAAGCUCCAAGAUUACCUUGACAUCCCAGACUUGUUCCGGUUUGAACUCACCGACCUCUAUGACGCCAAAGACGUCCCAAAAGUGUGGUUUUCUCUUCACGCUAUGAGUUAUAAAAUCAAUGCCUUGGACUCAAGAUAUCCACAGAUGCAGACGUUGGUAGAUCGUCUCGAGUUUUCCGAAGGAGAUAUUCGUGCUGCCAACAGAGCUCUUGUCGGUCGCAAUUUACCAAACUUUGCCUCGGCAGACACUGAUAAUGCUGAGUCUCCGGGGAAAAGCUCUUACAUGAACAAGACGUUGAAGUUUAACUCGCCAGCGAAAAAACCCAUUCGACCCUUUCUGGCUUCAGAGGAUGACAAUCCAUUCAGAGAACCACCCAAACUCAUAUCGAGCAAGCCGGUGAUCAGCGAGAUUGAGACAACUUCUCUGUAUGACUCAAAACCUUCAGAGUCUAUAAGCAUUUCUUUGCCAACCACGACAUACCAUAUUGCAAAGGAUUCAGAGUACUACACACCAGAGCUUGAGAACUGUGUGCCCAACGUCAUCAUGCUACAAGCCCUCUCACUUGGAGCUAUGUUUAGAUACCGCAUGUUUGUUGACAAAAUUAUGCUCAAGUCUUUUGAUGGUGAGUUGACGGAAUUGAACUCGAUUAUCAGAGGAUACCUUUCACGAAACAAGACAGUACACCGCCAUAGAGAUGAGCUUCUUUAUUACAAGAAGUCAAUUGUGUCUCUUCAGGCAUUGUCAAGAAGCAAGCUACUGAGGUAUCAUAUCGGUGUUUCUUUCAGCGACGAGCUGGAGGAAUGCGUGAACAUUGUCCAGAGCCUAGUACGUCGUUACCUUGUCAAGCAUAGAGUUCGUUCCAUCAAGCGGGAUCUCGAUAAUAACCUGAUCUCAAUCGAGCAAUUUCAAAGCACUAUAAGAGCGAAGCCUGUUCACUAUCGUGUAUCCAAGGUUUCUCAAAAUCGAGAGAUCAUUGAGAAAAACUUAAUAACCUUGCAAUCAGCUGCCCGGAGAGUGCUCUAUCACAGGCACAACAAUAAACAAGUCAUUGCUGAGCUGCUUAACUUGGAAAGGUUAGUGGAAGCCCAGUCGAUAAUUAGGGCAGGGCUCGUGAGAAACGUAAUCAGAAUGCAAUUACGAGGUUUUUUCAGAGAACGUCCUGCUAUCAGAGAGCUUCAAAGUAUUGCAAGGGGAGCAAUCACAAGAACCAGACUUUGCAACAAUGUCCUUAUCACAUUGAUUGGUGAGGAUAUAAAGAUGAACGAGCUCUUUGCGAAAGUGAGAGGGAACUCUGUUCGCCGCCAAGUUCAGUACAAAAAAGAUGUGCUUAAUUUAGUUGAAAAUUCUGAGAUAGUUAUAAUUCAAUCUGUUUUCAGGGGUAUCUUGGUGAGAUUCCGUCGUGAUGUUGACAUCGAUGAUAUCUACGAGGACAUUGAUAACCUUGUGAGCCUUCAAUCGAUAGUCCGUGGUGCUUGCACAAGAUCAAAAAUCAGAGCCAUGAGAAGUCACUACCAAACAAAUGUGUCUCAGGUUAUCAAAGCCCAGGCCAUCUUGCGAAGCAAAUAUAUCCAGAAGGCAUAUCGCGCCUUGAUCAACUUGAAGUCACCCCCAGUGUCAGUGAUACGCCGUUUUGCAUAUCUUCUCUCCGAUAACGAAGUUGACUUUCAAGAGGAAAUGUGUCUUGCUGAUUUGAAGGAUCAGAUAUUGGAGAAGUCUCGCUCUAAUGAAGAAUUGGAAAUGCAAAUCGAAAAUCUAGAGAUCAAGUUAGGUCUCUUGGACAAGAAUAAGAUCACGAUCGAGGAUUUCAUGAAAAGUGGAAGUAAGUAUAAGACGUUUGAACCUACAGCCAAAAAGGCUGCGAACAUGAAGUGUUUGGAGAAGCUUAACAAAACGUCGAGAAGAAGGGUAGAACUCUAUCAGUCGAUGCUUUACCUCUUGCAGACUAAACCAACAUACUGGACCAGGUUAUUCGACGGACUCGAUGCAAGUGAACGAACAAGACUCACAAAGAGUCUUCAUUCCAGGAUCACCCUGUUAUACCCAUUGGCACAUUGUUCUGUGAACUCCCAAACUAGGGAGGAAUAUUUUUUCAUGAAGUUUAUCUAUGAUCUAAUGAAAAAUGAUUUCAGUUCCAGAUGCAAGAAUAUUGCUGAUAUCACCAAACCAAAGUCGGCAUUCUGGAUCGAUUAUCUUCUCGAAUUGAACAAUACCGUGCAACAAAGAACUCACUUGAAGCACUUGAUGGGAACCAUUGUACAGAAGGUUAUCAUGGACGACGAACUCACAUUCGAAAGCGACCCCUCUAAAAUCUACAUUCUGGCAAUGGAGAAGGAGAUUAGAGUUUAUGGCUCUAGUUCUAAGCGGAGAGAUAUACUGCCUCAUACUGCCAUCAAGGACGAAAGCAUUUCUGCUACUUUUGUGGACAAUUUACUCGCGCUCAGGGAGUUUACGACGGAAACUAUUGAUACUAUUCAAGCUUCCAUUGCAAGAUUUCCUUUACAUGUCAGACUCUUAGCAAAACACGCCUAUGAGCUCUCUCGCGAGAAUUUUCCUGACCAAAAUGAUCAAGCUCAUCUUGCGGUGGCCGGUGUUAUCAUCAUAAAGCAUUAUAUCUCCAGCAUUUUCGUGCUCCCAGAGAAUUACGGAUACUUGCAGAGAGGGCAGACAAAACAAAAUACCAUAGUCGCAGAAAAUCUCAAGAGCUUGAGCAGGGUGCUUCUUCAAACAUUCUCCAUGAGACCCUUCAAUGACAAUUAUUUAAAACCCAUGAACGAGUAUGUUUUGUCGCAGGUCAACAUGAUCAAGGAUAUCAUCCGAAAAGUAAUCAAUGUGAACAGCUUGGAGUCAGAAUACGAGAUGAACGAGUAUGAUGAUAUAGUCUCCGUCGACCGGCCUACGUUGACUAUGAGGGUGAGUGACAUAAUUUCUAUGGAGAAACUCAUCUCAAGAAACCUCGAAUUUGUUGCUCCGAGUGUUGACGAUCAACUCUGUGCCGUGAUUGCAGAGCUAGAGGAAGUAGUGAACUCUGCUGAAGACUUCGUAACUUUGACAGAGUUGGGAUCCAUAACACUCAGCUUGAUGCCAAUAACGAAGGAGGAUAGUGUUGCCGACGCUAAGAGUCGUAACUUGUUUGUUCAAGCUAAGAGAUGCCUUCUUUACAUCUUAAGAGUUCAGGAUGGUGAUGAUCUUCUUGAAUUGUUGAUCCAGGGUAUAAAGCCAGAACACGAGGCAAGAUUUAAAGAAAUUGUCGAGGAAGAGAAGGAUUCUACAAAACUGAGGAUGAUCAUUCCAAACACAGUCACGCGUACAUCGAUGAAGGAGAUCUCACAAAUGUCUUACAAGGAAUUGAAAAAAAUGGCCCUCAAAAUAAUCCUUCAGCUCGAGACAAUGGGUUAUGUUACUAGAAAGAACUCAUUUCAAGAGCUCCUCAACCAGCUUGUCCUAGACAUCAAGACAAAGGAUAAGCAAAGGUUUGCAAGAAGUUCUCAGUUGCAAAUCGCUAGAAUGACUGUGAACAAGCUCAUCGACAAGGAGAAAUUUUUGUCAAGGCAGCUCAGUGACUACAACAGACACAUAGAAACAGUUCUACUGGAAUUGCAGCUCAAGCCCAAGGAGAAGAAGAUCUUUAACAUCAUCCCAGUCUUUAGCAAGCAAUAUUUCUAUCAGAGAGAAUUGAAAAAGAAUAACCGACUUCCGAAGUUUGGUUCCUACAAGUACUCAGCAAAGAAGCUUAUGGAUUCGAGGACCAUUGAGGACUGUGGUGGUGCCCUCCAACGAGCUCAUGCCUCCUCCUCAAAGCUUGAUUUUAUGUUCAGCUGCCACAAAGUAGGUGUCUUUGUUAUCGAGGCGGGCAAUGGAACUGUCAUGAUUCCUGGAGCAUCUAAUACCAUCACCUUAGACGAACUCCUAGACUUGCAACACGAACAGAAGAAACACUGGGUCAUGUUUGAUGGAAUGGUCACAUUUAACACUGACAACCUUGCUGGUUUACUUUUCAGAAAGUUUUAUGACUUGAAGAGGGAUUAA